CGUCCCUGUGCCUCAGAUUCCCCGCCAAGAUUUCAACUUCGCUUGCUAAACACGCCCAAAAUGUCUGGAAAUCUAUGGUCAAUCCCUCUCCAAACCACAAACUUCAACAUAGUCGUCGCUUUUCUCGGCGGCUUCAUAUCAAUCUUCGGCCUCGUAUCCUACCUCCUCAAAGAGAACUACUAUCUCUCCGAAGCCCUUAUCUCUCUCUUGGCAGGCGUUGCAUUCGGUCCUCAUGGCGCAGACUUUAUUCGUCCAAAGGACUACGCUGAGUGCGCUGAGUUUCCAGAGUCGUGCGAUUUUGACCUCAAUGCUAUAACCCUCAACUUCAGCCGUCUUGUUCUCGGUGUGCAGCUUGUCCUUGCAGGCGUGCAGUUGCCGAGUAAAUACCUUGUGAGAGAAUGGAAGUCACUUAGUUUAUUGCUUGGGCCUGGUAUGACUUGUAUGUGGCUUGCUACGAGUCUACUUGUAUGGGCACUUGCAGGACAGCCGCCGUUUUUACAUGCCCUUGCUAUUGGGGCUUGUGUUACACCCACUGAUCCGGUUUUGAGUGCUGUUAUUGUUAAGGGAAAGUUUGCGGAUCAUAAUAUUCCGCAGGAUCUUCAGUAUCUCAUCACUGCUGAGUCUGGUGCCAAUGAUGGACUGGGCUAUCCGUUUCUGUUCUUGGCCCUCUAUCUCAUCAAGUUUACAGGUGCUGCAGCUACAUCCGGUGGAGCGGCCGAUGCUAUGGGCUUGUGGUUCGGUAUGACCUGGGGUUACACCAUCAUUCUCAGUGUAAUCUACGGCGCUGUGGUGGGAUGGGUUGGCAAAGAGCUGCUUCACUUCGCUGAGAAGCAUAACUACGUUGAUCGCGAAAGCUUUCUCGUCUUCGCCAUCGCCCUAGCACUCUUCGUCCUAGGGACAUGCGGUAUGGUCGGUACAGACGAUGUGCUAGCCUGCUUCAUCGCUGGUAACACAUUCACAUGGGACGAUUGGUUCCGUCUCGAAACCAAAGACGACUCUCUGCAACCUACAAUUGACAUGCUGCUCAACGUUACCAUAUUUCUCUGGUAUGGAGCCUACAUCCCCUGGAAAGACUUCCACGACAACUCUGUUAUUCCUCUAUGGCAUCUUGUCAUCCUGGGGAUUUGUGUCCUUGUGCUGAGGCGACUUCCGUGGGUGUUUGGCAUGCACAAGUGGAUUCAUCAGAUCGAGGAGGUCAAGCAGGCUGUUUUUGUUGGCUUCUUUGGACCAAUUGGUGUUUCGGCAGUGUUCUAUCUGUUCAUCAGUCUGGAGUUCAUUGAAGAGCAUCUUAGUGAUGAGGAUGGGCGGCCGAGGAGCGAUGUUAAGAACCUUGGAGACCAAACACGCAUCAUUGUGUGGUUCCUAACAGUUUGCAGUAUCGUCGUUCAUGGCUUGAGUAUCCCAGUCGGAAAACUGGGCUUCCACGCACCCAGGACAUUGAGCCGUGUUGUCAGCGAAAGUCUGAGCGAUGCUCCAACAGGUGGACGUCGACGAAAUAUCCCCUUCAUUGGGAGGUAUUUCUUUGGACCAGAUAAGAAAGACGCUCGUCCGGCUACUGGUCCAAUUGUCAUUACUGGUGCUCAAAGAAUGCGUUCCGAGUUGCCUGUUCAUGCUGGCGAUGAGACACCUCCAAUUAGACGAGAGAUACAGUUCGCCGAUGAGGUGAGAUAAGAGUCGCAUGUGAGUUUACUUUAUCUGGCAUGUAGAUUCACAUCGGUAGACGGUGUCAUACGAUAAAUAGCGACAUAUCUCAUUAAGCGCAUCCCUCUAAAUAAGAAAAUAAGGCGUAUCAUAUAAAAAGCGACAAUCCUUUAUCAUUUCAGUAACCCUCUCACAGGGUGAUGUCCCAUCAUAUCUAAGCCAGGAGCAUAGCAGCGCCAACAACAGCGCCGACGACUCCAUAAGGUGCCAUGGCAGCAGCAGCGUUGGUCUCGUCGGGGUUAGAAGCAUCGUUGGUAGCAGAGGCAUCAUUGUUGUUGUCGUUACUUCCACUGCCUCCAUUACCACCGCUGCCACCAGUAGCAGAAGGCUCGUUGGAGUUCUGGGUUCGUGUACCGCCAGCAAUGGUGGUGGUCAACUGAGAAGCAUCUGUAGGUCGAGUCGCGUCGACCGAGACGCCAGAGACGGCAGCUGAGGCGGCGGAUGCGACAUAGGUGGUAGAUGAGAAACCACAAGUGUACAUAAGAUCAUCAAUUUCUACAAUAAUUAGCACAACUCACACAUUUCCACAAUCAUUCAAG